AUGCAUUUCCUGGUGCACAGGCCAGAGGGUGUUGGUUUCAUUACGGGCAGGCAAUCUAUAGAAGAGCCUGUGACGAGGGCCUCUUACCCGCAGAACAAAUAUAUGCCGGGUUUAUGGUACAAGCAGUUUUGCAAUUCAGCAAGAAAAUGCGGCCGACUUGCAAUAGAAAGCCAAGAAAUACAAGAUGCUGUUCAACGUCUGUAUGUAUACUGGGCAGGAUACUGGCUUGUUCGUCAGACUCCAGCACGUUUCAGCGUUAACGGUGAUAAGUCUCGUACAAACAACGAGGAAUGUGAGGAAACUGCAAGGCGGGAUUUUCUGGUCGCUAGUCGUGGUGGGAAAAUUCGUCGCCCAACGCCAAAUCGAUACAUCGUACGGGAUGAGCAAAUUUUGGGAAGAGCCAGAGAUCUUAGUCAAAACAUAAUAACCAUUUACGAAUUUUUGAUGAUGUCUUCUGUAUCUUUUGAACCUUACGACGAGGGUUUGCCAGAAAAUGAACUGGAAGCACCUGCACCUCGUCGACAACGUAGAUUGGCCCGUUUGCAGGGCGAUGGAAGGCAACAGGUUCGAACAAGAGCCGGAGAACUCCAAAGAGAUCAAGGUGAACCGGAAGCUGAUGCUCCUCGUCGCCCAGUUGGACGGCCACCACGAAGAGAUCGAGUUGAACCGGAGGCUGAUGCUCCUCGUCGCCCAGUUGGACGGCCACCACGAAGAGAUCGAGUUGAACCGGAGGCUGAUGCUCCUCGUCGCCCAAUUGGACGGCCACCACGAAAGGAUCGAGGUGAACCGGAGGCUGAUGCUCCUCGUCGCCCAGUUGGACGGCCACCACGAAGAGUUCGAGGUGAUCCGGAGGCUGAUGCUCCUCGUCACCCAGUUGGACGGCCACCACGAAGAGAUCGAGGUGAACCGGAGGCUGAUGCUCCUCGUCGCUCAGUUGGACGGCCACCACGAAGAGUUCGAGGUGAACCGGAGGCUGAUGCUCCUCCUCACCCAGUUGGACGGCCACCACGAAGAGAUCAAGGUGAACCGGAGGCUGAUGCUCCUCGUCGCCCAGUUGGACGGCCACCACGAAGAGAUCGAGGUGAACCGGUGGCAAAUGCUGUUGCGCUUUAA